AUGAUGAAGGUGGCUUCGAAUGAUUCUUGUGACAUCCUGCUAUGCCUCAUUGGCCUCAUGACAGGUGUACUAUGCAUUUUAAUGAGUUGUGGGAAACAAGAUACGAGAUCACAUCAUGCCAAAUCCGGAAAUAGAGAAGCCGAAUGGAAAGUAAGAUGGAAAACAAAAGCAGGCAACGCAUUUUGUGAGAUUAUACUAUGCUUCGCGAUCUUGCUGCUGGGAUACGGGUUGCAUGCUCGCAGCCCCUGGGGCGGAGAGAAAGGCAUAGUGGACUACGUGGCUUGGACAGGAUUUUUCAUUGAUGUAGGCCUUGUGGGGAAGACAAUCUGGACUUUGUGUGGCAAAGAACGCGACUUACAGAAACGUUCUCGGGUUCUCGAGAAGGAGAAGGAGUUGAAGGAAUCGAAAAGACUAGAGAAGUUGAGGAAAGUUGAAGAGCGGAAAGAGAGGAGACAGCGAGUAACAAGCACGUGUAGGAAGUGGUUGCAAGACGUUGAGUAA